GCCGGCCGGCCCUGACUGCCCCUCGGCGGCUCGCCCGCCCCUCCGCCGCCCUCGCCCGCCGCCGCGAUGGCCCAGCAGCAGGUGAGCAGCUCGCAGAAGGCGCUGAUGCUGGAGCUGAAGGGGCUGCAGGAGGAGCCCGUCGAGGGCUUCCGCAUCACCCUGGUGGACGAGUCCGACCUCUACAACUGGGAGGUGGCCAUCUUCGGGCCGCCCAACACCCUCUACGAGGGAGGCUACUUCAAGGCGCAUAUUAAAUUUCCUAUGGACUACCCAUAUUCACCACCUACCUUCAGAUUCCUGACCAAAAUGUGGCAUCCCAACAUUUAUGAGAAUGGAGAUGUAUGUAUUUCAAUCCUUCACCCACCUGUAGAUGACCCUCAAAGUGGAGAGCUGCCAUCUGAAAGGUGGAACCCAACCCAGAAUGUCAGGACUAUCCUACUGAGUGUCAUCUCUUUGCUUAAUGAGCCCAACACCUUCUCUCCGGCGAAUGUCGAUGCUUCGGUCAUGUUCAGGAAAUGGAGGGACAGCAAAGGCAAAGACAAAGAAUAUGCUGAGAUCAUUCGGAAACAAGUCCAGGCCACCAAGGCGGAAGCGGAAAAGGACGGGGUGAAGGUUCCUACCACGCUGGCGGAAUAUUGCAUCAAAACUAAAGUGCCUUCCAGUGACAACAGCUCAGAUUUGCUUUAUGACGACUUGUACGACGAUGACAUUGACGACGAGGAUGAGGAAGAGGAGGAGGACGCCGAUUGUUACGACGACGAUGAUUCUGGCAACGAGGAGUCGUGACCUGCUCCCUCCGGCCCCCGCCCCGCUCCGCCUGCUGUGCCAGAGGGGGCGAGGAGCAGCGGUAACCUAGUGACAGUUCAGCAAAAAAAAAUACAUAUAUACAUGGGGGGGGGAUACCAACCAAGCCCGCGCCUCCUGCUUUCUCCUGUUGUAUGGAUCUCGGUCUUUCCCGCCACCCCUUCCUGUUCUGUUUGGAAGGAAGGCCCUCUGCAGAACGUCACCAUUCUUGCAUUCUUCCCCGCCCCGCCCCCGUCACUUGUGUUCUGGGUUUUUGUUUUUUUUGUUUUUCUCUCUCGAGGAAAGGAAGAAAGCGAUGCUCUUUCCGCACACACCCCCUUCUCACUCUCCCCGCCGCCUUUUCCAGGAGCAUUCACAACCUGACUCGAAACAGGUUUGCUCUGUCUUUAGGAUCUUGAAUUAAACAGUCUUUGAUCAAGAUGUUUAAUGUAUUUAACGCCGGAGACUGUGGGGGGCUGCUCCCCAUGAGCUGCAUUUAAACAGGGACAAGUACAAAUGCAACUCUGCUGCAGAGCACUUCCCGAGGUUUCGCUGCUGCUCCGUUGAUGAUGACCGCGUGCGCACUUGUUUAGCCUUGUGGUGGUGGUUUUUCUCUCCUCUCCCCCCCCCCCCUUCUAAGGUGUUGGGCAGAGAGCCUAAGCUCCAUUGUACUGAGCUUGACAAGAUUUGGUGCUGAAAGGUCCAGUAUUCCAUUUCAGUUCUGCUAAGUGCGUGUGGGGACGGGGACAGACGGGUGGUUGGGGGGAAGGAUCUGCUCCCCCUCCCCAGCCAGAGAUUUGGGGUGGGGAGAGGGUGGUGGUUGUCUUGUGAUAUGAACCUUCCAAUAAACACUUCAAAACUCUCUAUUCUUGUCCCACUGAGCCCUUUUAGUUGCUGGUCUUCCAUAGGGGAUAAACGCUGGUAGCUGUUCCUGUGGCCCCCUUCCUAAUGCAGAGCCCCAGCAGCCUCUUAGUUCUGGGCAAAUAGUUGAAACGCUGUGGCCUGCCACUUUCCUGCAGGGGCCCCAGCACUGGCAAGCGGGCUCUGAGCCCCAGCUGGGGCAGGAUGCUGAAGGAGCUAUGGGUGAAGGUGGCAUUCACAAUGCCAUGAAGGCAGAUGGGUGCCUCUCAUGCUGUCUAGGGGAGAGCCUUCUUGCCAGGUGAUGGGGGGCUGGGCCUUGGCAGGGACAGUCCUUGGGUCUGGGGGGGGGAUUCCCUGAGGGGUUCCAGGCUCCCAGAUCAGACUCUCAAAGGCAGAUUCUAAUUGCUCAACCUUGGUUGUCUUAAAAGAUACCAGAGGCCGUAGACACACCUUGUCUUAAAUGUCUGGAUGAGCCAGUAUGAGUUAGACACAUGCAAACAUUCCCUUUGCUGCAUGAUGGCAUUCGGAGCGGAGAGAUGAUGUUGCUGUGGAGUAUUGUGUCAGCCUCGCCUGCUGCCUUCGAUGCUUGUCCUGAAAUGCACCCACCAUCCUGGGAGAUGGCUCUUGUGCACAGUUCAGACAACAACAGUGUUCCAGUGGAGAAAGUUAGCUGCUCACAGCCUUGGGGAUUAAUGAGGGCUUCAUGACCACUUCCUGCAACAGUGGUGGGUUCAGUAGACAAGGAUUGGCUGUAUGGUAGCUCCUGUGGCGCUCCUGUGACAUAUUUCUGCUAGGCCUUGAAUUUACCGAGGAAAGGGAAGCUCUGUGAUGAGAGACGGCCGCAAGAAGAGAGGUGGAAACCAACUGGUCCCCCCACCAUGGCCGUUUCCUCUGCCCCCAUUCCAGCUCAGCUUGCCUCUUGAAUGUUGGGAUCCCUGCUGUGAAUGUUCUGGUUCUACAGGAAAGGGAGCAAGCCAGUUCCAUCUGAGGUGGUCUGAUGAGUUACCCCAGGUAUUCACCAUGACCCCACUGCUGGGACUUUAGGGGGAUGAUCCUGCUUUAUAGCUCCCCAUUCUGGGAGGCCUUGUGGACUGAAUAGUGCCCCACAUGCACCUCUCUUGGUGGCCCAGCACCCAGUAGAUAACUUGUUGGUUCCGCUGCACGGGCAGCUCAUCUUUCAGUCUCCUGCUGCCUGGGGCGAGGAUCUGUGCUUUUUCUGACUCCAUUGCAGCUGUGAUUGGAGGGUGGCUGACUACGUUAGCUGUUGGUGCUGCUGUGGAGGGCAUAUAUGGGGACUUGAGCGAAGCCAGAGAGAUGGGAAGAGGACAUGAUGUUGGGCACAGUUGGCGUGUAAGCAGAGUAACUGAAAUGCAUAGCCUUUCCAACUAGCCAUAAGACAAUCCGGAGUGUGUUUGUGUGUAUGCUUUGGAGGACGUGUGUGUGUGUGUGUGUGUGUGUGUGUGUGUGUAGAUGGGCACUGCAAGUACAGCCACCAAUUCUCCAAACAGGGCAGCCAAUGAAAGUUACCAUUUUUUCCCCAAAUUCAGGCUUGUGGGUGGCUCCUUGUCCCGAGUUGGGCGAUGAGAGGAAGGAGUGGAUUGUCGCUCUUGGCUCAACCUGAAAUGAGGAUACUGCGUCUUUCAGCUAUUUCUCUCUUGUACUUUGACCGUUUUCACUGUAUGCUCUCCAGUGACUUGUAUUCUCAAGCUUGGUGGUGUGAGAUGCAUUAUUAUACCUCUGUCCUCCCCUCGCCGUAACACUUUUUUUUGUGGGGUGGGGAGCACCUGUUUCUGGGAGUUUGUGCUCUCUUCUUUGCUUGGCCAGGCAGACUCUCCCCAACCCAUCAUGAUGUCACUGCCUGCUGACUUGCUGGCUUCCUUGUUCUUGAGAUCCAACCAACCCACCGAAAUGCAACUAUCAAGCUACUUAAAGAGAUUGAGGACAAAUGUUUACUGGAGCCAGCGGUCGGUCGCCUGGUUCUCUCCUACCCCACCCGUGUCUGCGUUUACAUUUCCAACUCAGAAACCAAUUCAGAUGCAGUUCUUAAAUCCUUCUGAAACCAGCAGGGAGCACUAGAAUUCUAUCUUGAUAUGUUCUUUUUUUCAGUGCUAAAAUCCUGGAUGUUUUUCUUCCUCCCUCUCCCUCUCGCCCACUUUGGUUGAUGCAACUUACCAGACCAGAUUUAACUAAUGCAUAUUUUUCUUUUUGUGUUUUGUCUCCCUUUCCUUUGGUAAUUUAGUUUUGUUUUUUUUCUGCACAUCUGUCUACUAAUAAAAUGUGAAAUAAAGUACACCUCUAUUGUUA